AUGCUCGCAAAACAUCUCAAUCCCGACCAGCUCAUCGAAGCCGCCAAGGACAACGGCAAGGGCCAUGGGAUUCACAUCCAUAGCUCUACAAAUCACCAUUCUGUAAAUGCGUAUGGUGCGCGCUACGGCACGGAGCCAAUCCCCAAGUACAGGCUACCAUCCAAGGGAGUCGACGCAGAGACGGCGUAUCAAGUGAUACACGACGAGCUUGCGCUCGAUGGCGCACCCGCGCUGAACCUCGCCUCCUUUGUGAACACCUGGAUGCCCAAGCAGGCCAACCAGCUCAUGAUGGAAAAUAUAUCGAAGAACUUCAUCGACCAGGAUGAAUAUCCUAUGACCCAGGCUAUACACACUCGCUGUAUAUCUAUCCUCGCUGACCUGUGGCACGCGCCCUCAACACAACAAGCAAUCGGCACCGCAACCACCGGCUCGUCCGAGGCCAUCCAGCUCGGCGGGCUCGCGAUGAAGCGCAUCUGGCAGGAGAAGCGCAAGGCCGCGGGCAAGUCCAUCCACGAGCCUGGUCCGAACAUCGUCAUGGGCGCGAACGCGCAGGUCGCGCUCGAGAAGUUUGCGCGCUACUUCGACGUCGAGGCGCGCCUCGUGCCUGUCUCCGAGGAGAGCCACUAUAGGCUUGACCCACGCCGCGCGAUGGAGUACGUCGACGAGAACACGAUUGGCGUGUUCAUAAUUCUCGGCAGCACGUACACGGGUCACUACGAACCAGUAAAGGAGGUCUCUGACCUGCUCGACGAAUACGAAGCCCGCACGGGCCACUCCGUCCCGAUCCACGUCGACGCCGCCUCCGGCGGAUUCAUCGCGCCCUUCGCCUCCCCCGCGCUCGAGUGGGACUUCCGCCUCCCGCGCGUCGUCUCCAUCAACGCCUCCGGGCACAAGUUCGGGCUCGCGUACGUCGGCGUCGGCUGGGCGGUGUGGCGGGCGCAGGAACUCCUUCCGAAGGACCUCAUCUUCGAGCUGCACUACCUCGGCUCCGUCGAGUACUCGUUCUCGCUCAACUUCUCGCGCCCGGCGCACCCUGUGAUCGCACAGUACUUCAACUUUGUGCAUCUGGGGCGCGCGGGGUAUCGUGCUGUCGCGUUGCAGGAUAUGCAGAAUGCGAGGCUGUUGAGCAGGGCGCUGGAGGGGAGCGGGAUGUUCACAGUGUUGAGCGAUAUUCACCGUCCGGCGGAUAAGCUUGCAGCGACGAUCAAGGCAACGGUCGGCUUUGACGAGGAGGACAUCGACAACUACGUGCCCGGUCUUCCCGUAGUGGCGUUCAAAUUCUCAGACGAGUUCAGGACGAAGUACCCGGACGUGCAGCAGAAGUGGGUGCAGGUCCUGCUCCGCGCGAAGGGCUGGAUCGUGCCCAACUACGAGCUCCCCCCAGACCUGCAGGCGACGGAGAUCCUGCGCGUCGUCGUGCGCGAGAACACGACCGCGACGAUGGUCGACCGGCUUGUGGCUGAUCUUAUUGAGGUCAUGGAGGGGCUCGCGAAGGCGGACUCGCCGAUGCACGCGCUUGCGGUGCUGGGCGGCCGGAAGUCCGUCGAGAGCCAUCAUGGCCGGUUGGAGGAGGGGUCGGGCAGCAAGCCGAGUGGAACUUAUGCUAGGCAGUGUUAAUGGCCUCCCGGUCAGGUGGAUUAGGUGUCCUGGGGAAUAUCAAAGGUAACACAGCGAACGGGAUAGUCACGAAGUAAAUGGUCAUUUGUUGUCUAGAUAGGUCCGCAUGCAUCUAUACC